AUGUGGAAACAACGAUCCCGAGCUUUGUGGCUGCAUGAAGGUGAUAGCAAUACUCGUUACUUCCAUAGUAAAGCAUCCCAUAGGUUUAGGAGAAACAGAAUUGAGGUGUUGGAAAAUCAUAGGGGGGAAAAAUGUGAGGAUGAAAAUGGGAUUGCAAAUAUUUUGGUAGAUUUUUACCAAAGUCUCUUUGCAUCUUCCUUACCAGAUCAGAUUGAGGAAGCCUUAGUAGCCACUCCUACGGUGGUAUCAGAAGAGAUGAAUCAGGCACUUGUAGCACCUUUUGAAAGAGAGGAAGUGGAAUUGGCGCUGAAGCAAAUGGAUCCCCUAAAAGCACCCGGACCGGAUGGCAUGCCACCUCUUUUUUUCCAGCACUUUUGGCCAGCCAUUGGAGAUGAUGUGGUGGAGGCCGUACUUACUUGCCUCAAUUCGGGCUCUAUACCUUCCUCAAUAAACCGAACCUUCAUCACUCUCAUUCCAAAGGUCAAAAGUCCGGUAAGAGUCUCUGACUACCGCCCUAUUGCUCUAUGUAACACUCUUUAUAAGCUUAUUUCUAAGGUACUAGCAAAUAGACUCAAGACUAUAUUACCAUGUGUUAUAUCUGAUACUCAAAGUGCUUUUCAAUCUAGCAAAGCAAUAUCUGAUAAUAUCCUGGUAGCCUUUGAGACUUUGCACCAUAUGAAGAACCAAAAAUCGAAGAAGGGGUGUUUUAUGGCUUUGAAACUAGAUAUGAGUAAGGCGUACGACCGGGUGGAGUGGGUGUAUCUGGUAAAAAUAAUGGAGAGAUUGGGUUUUUGUGAAAAGUGGGUGUCCCUUGUCUAUGAAUGUAUUAGCUCUGUCUCAUACUCUAUCUUGGUAAAUGGUGAAUCAAGGGGUGAUAUUAGACCUUCAAGAGGUCUAAGGCAGGAAGACCCUUUGUCCCCCUACUUGUUCUUAUUAUGUUCGAAAGGUUUGAAUAGAAUGCUUCAAAGGGCAGCAGCGGAGGAUGGUAUUAGGGGCUUCUCUUUAUGCAGGAGGGGACCAAAAAUUUCUCAUUUAUUUUUUGCUGAUGAUAGCCUGUUAUUUUGUAGAGCCUCUUUGGAAGAUUUACAGGUUAUUCAAAAUAUUCUAUCAUUGUAUGAGAAAGCCUCAGGCCAAAAGUUAAACCGUGAGAAGACAAUCAUUUUCUUCAGCAAGGCAGUUCAUGGAGACACAAAGAAUCAACUCUCAAACUUUCUACAGGUACCCGAGGUUAAAGAAUAUGAAAAAUAUCUUGGAUUACCAGCGGUGGUGGGCAGAAAUAAGACGGAAAGCCUUAAUUAUAUAAAGGAAAGAGUUUGGAGCAAACUCCAAGGGUGGAAAGAGAAGUUGUUGUCCCAAGCGGGUAGAGAGAUUUUGCUCAAAGCCGUGGUGCAAGCAAUUCCCACCUUUGCUAUGAGCUGCUUCAAAUUACUUGUGUGGAGACUGCUUAAGGAUCAUAACUCCCUAUUCUUUCGUGUAUUCAAAGCAAAGUACUUCCCAAAUGGUUCAAUUUUUGAAGCCCAUUCAGCUGGGGGUUCAUAUGCCUGGCAGAGCAUUCUCAAAGCCAGAAGGGUGAUUUCGAUGGGGAUGCAAUGGAGGAUUGGGGAUGGCAAAAGUAUAAAUGUUUACAAUGAUAGCUGGCUGCCUGGGAAGGGAUCGAAAAAAAUUCUUUCUCCAAAGUCGGGUGCGCUGGAAGGUGCACGGGUUGCUGCCCUCAUAAAUCCUAAUACAAGGACCUGGGAUCAAAAUGUGUUACAGCAACAUUUCUUGAGCUUCGAGGUUAGCCGUAUCCAAGCCAUCUCACUGUGCUGGACUGACCAAGAUGAUUGUUUAAUUUGGCCGGGGUGCAAGGACGGUAAUUACUCAGUUAAAACAGGAUACCAGCUCCUGUGUGAAUCUGCAACUUUGGGUGAUGCAUCAAGCUCGGAUAGUUCGAAGCAAAGCCUCUUCUGGAAACGUGUAUGGAAGUUACAAAUCCCAAAUAAAAUAAAAGUGUUCCUUUGGCGGGUGUGUUCAAAUGCAUUGCCAACCUUGGAAAACUUGAAGCGGAGAAAGAUAUUGGAUGAUGCAAAAUUCAAGGCAUGUCUUGCGGCUGAGGAAGAUACUCUCCACGCUAUCUGGAGUUGCGAGAAGCUUCAACAUAUUUGGUUCCCCUGUUUCAGCUGGGUCCAAACAGAGCAUCCGCAAAUUCCAGAUGUACAGGAGCUUAUUUCUUGGGUCGGACAAUGGAUUGACAAGCUGGAACUUUUUGCGGUCGUGGCGUGGUUUAUAUGGAAUCACAGGAACAGGCUGCGCUUGAAUGAGAAGGGCUUAGCUUCGGACAGAAUUUUACAAGCAGCUAUGGCAUAUCUUACGGAGUUUCAAGCAAAGCUUCCCAAGGUAGCCCCAAAACCAUCUAAGGGUCAUGUACGUUGGUGUCCUCCUAUGGGUGAUCGGUUCAAGACAAAUUAUGAUGGGGCUGUGUUCUCUGAAUCGGGGGAGGCUGGUUUAGGGGUGGUGUUUCGGAAUGCAAAGGGUGAGGUCAUCGCUGCUCUUGCCGAGAAGAUUCUGUACCCGGGCUCGGUGGAAGUGCUGGAAGCUUUGGCUGUGAGAAGGGCUGUAAACUUCAUUGUAGAACUGGGCAUUGCAGGUUCGGAAUUUGAGGGAGACUCGGAAGUAGUGUGCAGAGCUUUGAGGUCUACAGGGUCAGGCCACUCAUCCAUCGGCCAGAUUCAAGGAAAACCUAGUGUGUACUUCUUGGUUGUCCCAAUCCAACGUGAAUGCUUCUUUUUCAUGGGUGUCCCUUCUUCUGAGGCUGUAGUUUGCUUUCAAGAAGCUCUGAGAGCAGAACUUGAAGAGGAGGAUGGGAUGGGUGUGGGUGUUGGAGUGGUUGAGAUGAGAGGAAAUGAAGUUAGGGUCUCGGAUAAGGGAUAUCCAUUUUGUGGAGACGUAGGUGCAAGUUUGGAUGGAUUUGAUAGGUAG